AUGGAUGGGCGGAGGCAUUCUGUGGAUAUUCCUAUUUCUAAAACUCUUGUAGCACUGAGGAGAGUCAGGUCAUUGAGGGAUCCAUCAACUAAUGGUAUUAGCAAACUCUCUCCUUUGAUUGAUAAUGGACAUUGGGAAAAUGGUUCGGGUAAUGCCAUUUCUCUGAGGUUCCUGAGUUCUUCUGAUGCAUGUGAUGCUGAAGAUGAUGGAUUUUUAAGAUCAGAUAAUUUCAGUUUUAAGGGGAGAAGAGAGCAGGGUACUGCUGAUUUUGAAUUGGAUUGUCGUCUGUUGAACUCUAAGAUGAACUAUGGUGAACUAGUUAACUCUAUUCCCGAGCAGCAAGGCAUUUCUGGAAAUAAAUCACCAAGUGAAAGCUGUUGUAGCAACCAUGGGGAAAUAGGACUAGAUUUGGCUUCCAUCUUGCCUCCUAGUAGUCAUUUGAAGAAUGGGGAAUCAUGCUAUUUAUCAAAUGCCUUAUCGAAAUUAGGGAGAACAGAUCACUCAAAGUCAACCAGAAAUUCACUACGCAAGAAUCAAGUGAAACCGUCUGAAGUAAUGGAUGAUAUUGCAAGCCAUGUAAGGAGUCCAUGCCUUUCUGUUCGUGAUGCUUUCUCAGCACAUGUGACUCAAGAUGUUGAUGUUCUAGAUAAUCACCAUGGAUGUGGAAUAAGCUGUUGUUGGUCAAAGUCACCGAAGUUUAGAGAAUCAAAUCAUUAUUCUGAAGCAGAAGACCUUCCUUUGAUAUUGCAGCACGUUAAUGAGACAGAUUUUCAUGGACAUGGAAGCAUGAGAAACAUUGGUGGUGAAAUUAGUCCAACUUUGGAAACUCCUAGAAGUUUAUCCUUGAAAUUCAGGCCAAAAUCUUUCUGUGAUUUGGUGGGACAAAACAUGGUAGGAAGGUCUCUUUUGGGUGCCAUCUCUAGAGGAAGGAUAACAUCAUUUUAUCUCUUCCAUGGUCCCCGCGGUACAGGAAAAACCUCUGCGUCCAGGAUAUUUGCUGCUGCACUGAAUUGCCUCACCCUUGAGGAGCAAAGGCCAUGUGGUGUAUGUAGAGAAUGUGUUUUGUUCUUUUCUGGAAGAAGUAAAGAUGUUAAGGAAGUGGAUUCUUUGAGAAUCAAUCGUGCAGACAAGGUUAAAUCCCUUGUUAAGAAUGCAUGCCUCCCUCCAGCUUCCUCAUGUUUUAAGGUGUACAUUAUUGAUGAGUGCCAAUUAUUGCAUGGUGAAACAUGGGCGAGUCUUUUGAAUAGCCUAGAGAAUGUUUCUCAACAUGUGGUUUUUGUGAUGAUCACUCCUGAUCUAGAUAAGCUUCCUCGAAGUGCAGUUUCCCGGGCUCAGAGGUAUCACUUUGUGAAGAUCAAAGAUGCUGACAUUGCAAGCAGAUUAGAAAAAAUUUGUGCUGAAGAAGGUCUUUAUUUUGAACAAUGUGCACUGAACUUUAUUGCUGCUAAAUCCUGUGGUUCUCUUAGGGAUGCAGAAAUGAUGCUUGAUCAGCUGAGUUUGCUUGGUAAAAAAAUCACAAUUUCCGUAGUCCACGAGCUUACUGGGGUCGUUUCUGAUGAUGAAUUACUUGAUUUGCUGGACUUGGCUCUGUCAUCUGACAUAUCAAAUACAAUUAUAAGAGCCCGGGAGCUGUUGAGGUCAAGGAUAGAUCCUUUACAACUUAUAUCACAGCUGGCAAAUCUUAUUAUGGACAUUGUUGCAGGGAAAUGUGAACUUGGUGGUUCUAAAAUCAGAAAAUUUUACCAUUCUUCUCUUAUCACAGCAGAAGCGGACCUGCAGAAAUUAAGUCGUGCAUUAAGAAUACUUUCUGAGACAGAGAAGCAGUUGAGAAUUUCGAAGAAUCAAAAUACAUGGUUCACUGCAGCUCUUCUACAGUUAAGUUCAGUAGAACAUUCAUCUGUGGAUAUAAAUGAUACCAAGUUGUGUAUGAAAGCUGCUUCCGAUAAAGAUGGUGAUUUCUGCAGUACAUCUUCUACAGAGAGCUUGAAGCAUCUUGCUACAUGUCAGAGUGAUGACAAGUCCUAUAGAUUAGGAGUGCAAGAAGAUCACAAGGGCACAUUAGAUUCCAUAUGGUAUAAAGCUACAGAGAUAUGUCAAUCUAAUAGGCUCAAAACUUUUCUUAGGAAGCAUGGAAAGUUGUCUUCAAUUUGUUUCAAUCAAGGUCUUGCAGUUGCUGAGUUGGAGUUCCACCAUCGUGACUAUGUAGCUAGGGCUGAGAAAUCAUGGAAACUGAUUGCAAGUAGCCUACAGUUCAUAUUGGGUUGUAACAUUGAGCUCAGGAUCAGUUAUGUACCUCGUACAUCGGAUUCUAAGUAUGCUAAAUUGAAGAGGUCAUCUUUUAAUUUCUUUAGUUGUUCCCGCAGAAUUCUACGGAAGUCCUUAUCAUCCACUAAACAAGGUAGUGAAUCAGAUUAUACUGAUUACACAUCCCAAAAGCCCAUCAUGAAGGAUCAAACUCUAACUUGUUACUCUGAUUGUGGAUCUCGGGUGCCACCACUUGAGUCCUACCAUGGAAUGGAGGUUGUAACAACUUUGAGAAGUUGUGAAGGGAAUUUGUUAAGAUCAGGGAAGAGGGAAGUUGUUACUCCAAGGAUUUCAUGUUCUAGAGUUGAUUUUCUCAAGGAGGAGGGAUGCAAUUAUGAUCAUCUAGCUUCAUCAACCCUUGAUUUAGAUAAUCUGUCUAAGUGUUUUCCUCGAACACUCUGGCUUCAUAAAAAUUAA